UCAAACAGUUUUCCCGUGUGUAUUUGCGAGAGAGGGAGCAAUUGCAAAUUUUCGCCACUGUCUGUGAGGAGGACUCCCUGCCUGCAACUGACAGGCUAGCCAGGGUUUGUGGAAAAUCAGAAAGCUGUGAAAAAAUCGACAGAUUUUUCCAUCCGCAUCCCAAAUGUGCUAAUUACGUGUAAAGUUUUGUGACCGAAUCGUAGCAGAACAGAAAUUUCGGUUGUUAUCGCGAACCGUGCGGAGUGAGGCUCCAUCCUGCUGCCAGGAUGGGGGAUGUGGAUUUCGAGGAACUACGACAGAAUUUGGAUAAUUUUCCGACCUACUGCAAGGCUCCGGCACCGUUCUACUCUUUGGUACCGGAUGUUGAACUAGACGAUGACACACCGUCAACGAAGAGCAGCGAUGAUUCGGAUCACGAGGAUAACGAGGAUAACGAUGCCGGUGCUCCACUACCGAAGGGUACUCCGAGCAAAACACAGCAAAUUCUGCAAACCAUUUCGACUAUCAGCAGCAGCAGUGCCGAGGAUGACGAGAUGGGUGAUGGGCUGAGAACUACGGCGAUCUUGGUCUGUAAAACGGAUACUGCCGGGACAGCAGAGAAUCACAUGCAGCUAGCCCUGUGCAAUACGACGGCCUCACAGCUGUCACGGACCAGUUCGCUACCGUGGAUUCCGGGACAGGCCGAGCGACGUCGGCGUAAGCUUCCGGAAAUUCCAAAGGAUAAAAAAUCUUCCGUACUGCAGUUACUGUCCACCGGACAGCAAUCGUUGGCCGAUGAGUUGAAUGCCUGUCGUAAGACCAAUCCACAGCAAACAUUCCUGAAGCAAAAUUCACUGCUAGCACUCAAGUGCAGCUAUCUGCUGGACGAAGAUUCCAGUCCGGAUUCGGAUCGGCUCCAAAGCUUAGGCGAUGUGGACAGCGGUCACAGCACCGUACACUCACCGAAUGACUUCAAAAGUAUGUCCCCACAGGCACCACAGGAAACCUCCCCCGUCACGUCACCGUUCCCUGCUCCGUUCGGUGGUGUUCCGUACAGUCAGAUUGAAAUGCUAGAAGCGACCCAUCGAGGACUGCACAAGUUCGUCCCACGGCAUCACGACGAAAUCGAUAUAGAAAUUGGCGAUCCGAUCUAUGUGCAGAAAGAGGCGGAAGAUUUGUGGUGCGAAGGAGUUAAUCUGCGUACCGGCCGGCAGGGAAUCUUUCCUUCGGCUUAUGCCGUCGAUUUGGACUACAAUGAUUUUGACCCGACGACAGCGGAAAUGAAACGGGAACGAUAUUUGCUCGGUUAUAUGGGUUCCGUAGAAACUCUGGCCCACAAGGGCACCGGAGUGGUCUGUCAGGCCGUCAAGAAGAUCGUUGCCGAUGGCAGCGACGGUGGCGCAUCACCGAAGGCACAGGCAUGUAUUCUGGAGAUCUCGGAUCAGGGUUUGCGGAUGGUGGAUCGUUCGAGGAACAAAAAGGACAAACGACCGUGCAUCGAUUACUUCUACUCGCUGAAGAAUGUGUCCUUCUGUGCGUUCCACCCGCGGGACCACCGUUACAUCGGGUUCAUCACGAAGCAUCCCACGGCGCAGCGCUUCGCUUGUCACGUAUUCCAGGGUACCGAAUCGACAAGACCGGUUGCCGAGGCCGUCGGGAGAGCAUUUCAGCGGUUCUACCAGAAGUUCAUAGAAACAGCAUAUCCAGUCGAGGACAUUUACAUAGAGUAAGCUACACACUACAGCUAAGUUCACUGAGGGGAACAACAGAAACAAAAAGUGCGGCUCAGUAUUUUGUAAAGGAUUCAUUAUUAACUGAUUGAAACUGUUAUAUAAUCAGAAAAAGUAGUAAGCUUGUUUCUAACUAUGACAAAGAUUUGUUUUAUAGUGAACAUUCCAAGAGUUAUUAGUUUUUUAUCUAGAUUUCGCCUUUUAUCAAAUUAAAAUGACAUUGAUCUCAGAAUGGAUGUGGAAAUAUCAGUUAUUCAGGCAAAGAAUCUUUCGAACCGAGGUUCGAUUUUGAGAGGUAUUUGUAGUAAAAAUCCAGAUCGCAAUGAAAAUUACGAUACUUAAUCUGCUGAUGCUGAUGCCUAAUUUUUGUCCUGCGUCUUUUUGACUCAAGAGAUUAUAGUUCGCAUGAGCUGCAAACCUUUAAAUAUAUACGAUAUUUUUCAAUUUUACACGAAACCGAAAAACCACUUAGCUUUGAGUACUUUCCAGCUAACUUCCGGAGGUUCGUUCAAUAACCUAAUUUUUGUUCAACUGGUUCUAAGUACAGAAAAUAAGCUACAGCUAUUCAAUAGUAAGUAUUAUAUGUUCAACUGUUGAGUUUCAUUGACUCAAUUUAACAUUGAACGCGGUUCACUUAUUUUUUGCUUUCUUGAAUAAAACUAUCACAGGUUUUAUUCUUUAUGUUUUGACAAUAUUACAGUUGUGCAAGCAUACUUGUGGCUAUCAAAAUCUGAGUUUUUGGGUUUUCCUUUGAUUUCCUAAUGUUUCUUUUUAGAAAGCAUAUAUUAUCUUAAAACUACUUUUGGUGAUAAUUAUUCAGUAAAAUGGCAACAAGAAGCACAUUUUCGCGACUCUGUUAAAUUUGAUUGGAGUUCAUUUCAAUGCUACAAAUACUUCCUAUUUCGUUCUCAAAAAAUUCUCACAAAAACUGAUUGAUCCAGCUAAAAGCCCUAAUUUCUGUUCUAUAUAUUGAAAACAAAACAUUCAAUUGCACCAUUUUCCGCAUCAGUAAGCAAACCUAUCGUCAUAAACAACAACACUCUUAUGGAACUCUUGAAACAAUAAUUAUAAAAUAAAACUAAAAUAUUUAAACACUUGGACAAACAGUAUAUAAAACCAUGAAUAACGUAGCUGAAUGUUAGCGUGUAGUUAUUUCUGUACAUACUAGACUAAAUUUGUAAAGCAGAAACAAGAAAAAGUGUAUAUUUUUAUGACGCAGGAUUUCGCGGUGUUCGGAAGCAAAAAUACCACUCAUAUUGUUGAACCGUUCGGUGGAAUACGAAACUUGAGGUCAACAACAUUUGCCUACUGGGUCUGAUAACUGAUGCGAAGUCGGCCGUCAAAGCUAUGGUAAUCGAAGCAAGCCUUUUAUUUGUCAUUUUAGUUAACAUUCUUCCUUCAGAUUCGCGCACUAGGGAGCAAAGUGAUAUUCCAGAACGGAUUUUGCUUAUGUCGUUUUCGCUUUAGAAAACUGAAACUGACCCAGGGUAGUUUCAUCAAAAAAACACUUUUCACGAAACUGUGUUGAUUUUGCACUUAGCAACGGGGAUUUGAGCAAACCUGAUACAAAAUCCAGAUUCGAAACUGACUAGAUAACCUAGUUUCAACAACGUUGAAACUAGGUUCGAAACCAGCUUCAAACUAACGGUUUGACAGCAGUUAGGGUGAAAACUGAGUUAGGUUUGGCAUCAAGCGAAAACGACAUUAGUUAUGCCUAUUUUUUUAAACAUAUAAAUACUCGCUAGUCUAUUGUUGUGUUGAUAAUUUUUUUGGUAGGUUUUCUUUAAAAGUAGCAGCUUUUUAUGUGUAACAUAUGAGCGGGACAAUGCAAGUAAAAUGGAUGAGAUUAGAACGAACACGUGACUGAAGGAACAGAGAUAAAAUGAACGAAUGCAGAAAUAUACAGUUACACAAUAAAUAUUUCAUGAUAUUAUAAGAAUUAAAAAUGUUAUCGUCAAAAAAAAAAACAAUCUGAAAACUACACGAGAGCAUUACCACAUAAAAUCGUAUGUUCAAUUUUUUAGAAUGAAACAUACCGUAAAACAACAAGAGGUUUACUCCACUAAUGUUAUAAAAUGAUUGUAAAAAACUAUUGCUAAAGAUGAUUGAGUUAACUAUAAGAAAUCGUAACCAUUUUGAACUACGCUUUGUUUCCGAACCCGGUGCAUAUUAGCUAUACAAUCAUGUCCGAGUGAUUUCCAAAAUCGAACGAGCAGCUCAAAUAUUCUACAUUCUAUAUUCUACAUGAAGUAAUGGAUCCUCGAAUGAGAAUAACAACUCCCUUACAGUUGCCAUGAUUUUAUAGACAGUAUGCUAGAGGAGUUUGAUAACAGCAAACAAUUUUCUUUCUCACCGAUGUCGGGGUUCUGUAGAAACAGUAUCAGUAUUUCAAUCAGCAUCACAUUGUUUAAAAAAAAAGUACCGGCGAAGGAUGCUGGCACUGGAUAAAGCAGAAACAGUACGAUCACAACUCCAUUUGCAGGCUCCGGCUAAGCUAACUUACAGAGAUACCAAACAACAAAUUUUUAGACAAACAACAACACAAAUAAGUAUAGUUCUUCUUUCGAAAAUCACAACAGUCAUGUGCUACAAAUAGUGGGUAGAAAACAUGUAAACGAAACCAAAUAACUGGAAAUGUUUUGCGAAAGAUGCAACCGAUUUUCUCUUUCUUGCAAUAAACUAUAGCAAACUCACUCGAUGCGAGCAAAGGGCAGAACAAUAAAAUUAUGAAUAAUAAAGCUGCAAUCGCGAAUGAGGUUUAAAA